AUGCCCACUCCUGAUGAGUCUAAUGAUGCUAUGGGGGCUGCUACUGAGAAGAUUCUUGCCAUUCUGUCCAGAGCGGUGAAAUUGAAGGAAGGUCACCCUGAUCACCUGAAGUUGGCUGUGGAAGUCAGGGAAAUCAUGGUGGGUGUUCCUUCGCCAAGGCCAAGGUCACAUACCAACACAGGAAAAGGAGCAGACUGGGGUAUGGAGAUGGAGGAGACCACACCUGGUGUUGGCAGCAUUCAAUUGACAGAUUUGCCAAUGCCACAUAUGUUGAAACGGAAAGGCAAGGAGAAGGAUGUUGUGUUGCCAGGGCGGGAAUCCAAUUGCAAGGUAAACAGAGGCCAGAUACCUUCAAUGCAGAAGCGGAAGCGGGUAUUAAGUUUGAGCCCACCACCUCCAGAAACCGGUGCACACCAGCCUGAUGCCGCCAACACAAUUCGUCAGACUGAGACAUCAAAGCAGCACAAGGUACCUGAGAGUCCAACAUCGCCGGGUCACAAUUUGUCGAGGGAAGACAUCAAUGCAGAUUUGGGACCAAAGGUGCCAGGCUCUGAGCUUGUGGACGUUGCGCCAGGCAGAAACUUAAAUGUUCCCAUGCUCAUGCUAAUGUUAAGCCCAUGCCGAAGGACGAUCCUCGCCACACAUGUUCUGGGUCAUUGCGCCAUCAAGCAGCAGAAGCAAACAUCCCACGCCAUGCCAGACACUCACAGUGGCUCUGCCGUAGCACUCACACAGCAAUCCAUGGAAGUCAACAAUUCUGGAGAUUAUAUUGUCGAUGAGUUGCAGGCAAUGACCUUGCUCCAGAAUGAGUCAGUGGGAGUGGUCGCCAUGAAUGCCGAUCUGCAUGAAGUGGUCUCAGAACUGAGGGGAUUGAUUGCUCACCUCCAGGCCCAGCAUCUCGCCACAACAGAGCUGGUCGAUACACUAAAUGCAUGCAUUGCCACCCAGGAUAUCAACAUCCAUGCCUUGCAAGGCCUUCAUACUGAGGUUGCCGCAUUGCAAGAUUAUGUCAGGACACUGCAGGAGGAAUCGGCAAAUCGUGAUGAGAGUUUGUGGCGUGCUCAUGAGCAAAUUGCCCGGCAGGAACACACUUCUGGCAUCCUUCAGGAUACCUAUAAUUCAUUGCGACUUUGUGUUACUGGGCUAGCUCAGCAAUUGUCUGCCCCCUUCAACAACGCAUUGUAUCUUGCCAAUCUGGUGUAUGGCGCCAACCAAAACAUGAUGCCUGUCAGUGUUGGCCAGAUGGCAGCCAUGAAGGGCUUAUACCUCAACUUGCCUCCAGGCCACUCUGGAUUUGGUGGCCCAUCUAUUAGGAUCAUCCCCGGCGGUUCUGGAUUGGGUGGUCCUGUUGGGCAAUCUAUCAGCAACAAUGCCUGUGGUGCAUCUCUUAGAAACAUCCCUGGCACUUCAGGAUUGACCGGUCCCUCUGUUGGACCGUCUAUUAGCCAGGUUGCCAGUGGUUCUGGUUCAGGUGGAGAUACCCAACAUGGGCCAUCAUCAGGUGUGGAGCCACAGUCUUAG